UAAGACUGAAGAGGAAGAACUAUUUGACGAUCAACUGCCGAGGUGCUGCCACAAAUGGGCUCACUACUGCCCAAGAGUAUAAAACCGUUCUGAAGCCUCAUCGACAAGCUCUUCAAAUGUAUUUAACAUGUCAAAGGUUGCUGGAACGACAGCUUUGAUGUUAUUUCUCUGGAGUGUUUUCGUGCACUUUGGUCGCUUGUCCAGUCUCGGCGUGAAUGAACUCCUGUAUUUUCGGGUCAUCAGCCCAGAGGAGAUAAGCUACAUUUUCAGCGCAGCACCUGCUAAAGACUUUGGAGGACAUUUUAAAUCAUCCUAUGAUGAGAUUUUUCUUGUGCCUGCUGAUCCUGCGGACGGCUGCUCAGACCUGAGCAACAAAGAAAUAAUCAAUGGACAAGUAAUCCUGGUGGAAAGAGGAGGUUGCUCUUUUGUCCAAAAGGCCCAGCGUGUUCAAGAGGCUGGGGGGAAAGCGGUUCUGAUAGCUGACAAUGCAGAGGACAACGACAGUCAGUACUUGGACAUGGUCACUGAUGGAAGCACGGACAAACCCAGCAUACCUUCUCUAUUUUUGCUCGGACGUGACGGGAUGAUGAUCAAACGAUCUCUUCAGAGACAAGCACUGCCAUGGGCUGUCAUUUCAAUUCCCGUCAAUGUUUCCGCCCUGGCUUCAUUUCCUCUCAAACAGCCCCCAUGGACACUUUGGUAGAGCUGACUCACAACCUCAGCAUCCAUUCAGCAUUUUUUCCUCAUUAGUGCAGACUGUCAUAGGGGAAUUACCACUGGCUUCUCUGUGAAUCUUUCUGGUCACGUUUAAGUUCAAAUAUGGCAACGAUGAAUAAAUGAUAUGAACAAUAUGUGUAAAUAUUGCUAUUGCACUCAUUCCCUAAUAUAGAUCGAACCACCACCAUGGAUCAAACCGAGCCAUGAGGAAGGCAUCAUCCUCAGCGCUCAGUUAAAAUGGAAGGUUUUCGCUGGGUAGAUCUUGAAACUGGUCAAAUGAAAACAAAUUGAUUUGAAUAAGUAGAAAGAAAACCUUUUUUCUUUUCCUGAGUGACAUUUGUUCUAUGGGAAAAAGGACGACAUGAUGGCAUGUUCAGGUGGAAAUUAACCAUAAGCUAUAUAUUGAAUGUAAGAUAUUGAUUGGUAUAAUUGAAAGUAAAGCUUUUUUGCGUCCUAUUAUAGAAAUUACUUGAAAAGCAAUCACUUUAAUUUUCCACUUAACGUGUUGCAGUUUGAAUAUUUUUCUUGUAGAUGUCACUACAUCUUACAUAAUGCUCCCACAGAUAACCACAAAUAAAUUAUACAAUGUACGUUAGUAUGACCUCAAAAGCAAAAAGUACUAAAGUAAGUGUUUAGAAAAAAUGAGAAAAGGCCCAAAUGGAUACACAUUCAGACAAAUUAGUUGCAGAACUGCCCUGCAGCAACAGUUCAUAUACUAUCUUCUACGAGAGAAAUUGAGAGAAAAAGAUUCUGUAUGAAGAUUUCUGCGGUGUACUGAAGUCUGAAUGUUAAUUUGAGCCUUUCUGUGUUUCAAAAUGUGGUUAUGCCUUAUAUCAAAGGCAUGUAUUCAGUGUUUACUGUGGGUAAUCCACUUCAUUCUACACAAUCUUUUUUAUUUCUUUAAAGGGUUGGUGAGCAGUUAAAGGUUUUUCGAAUGAGGCCGCUGGCUGGAAAAAUCACUUUAUAUGAAGUCCCUGGUUUUCUCUGAAACAUCCAGGCUGUGUCCAAAUAAAGAAAAGCCUGUAAAUGAAUAAGA